CGCGAAGUGAGCGGUCUGUAUUUGUGUGUGGAUUCCGUGGCAUGUUGGAUUGGAACUGGUGGAUCUAACAGUGAUGCUUGCGUAGAUGUCAAGACUUAAUUUAUGCAAUCAAGAUACAGGCGCCUUAUCUGACGACAGUGUCAAUGUGGAUGCCGUAGCUAAUAUACUCGUCUGAAAAUCAGUGUAGAUGAUGAUAUGUUUCUGGAUGUUGUAGCUGACAUACUCAUCUUUUAAAGUCAAGAGUAUUUGCUCAUGUGUUUCUGGAUGUUGUAGCUGUUACACCCAUGUCUUAAAGUCAGUGAAGUUAAGACCACGGUGUUCUGAGUAACUUGUACGUGCUUUGAAAUGGAGGGAUGCAUAUACGAGUGUGUUAUACUGACGUUAUUGCUUUGGAUACCCAUCUGUAACACACAGGACAUUGUGUUUCACGUUCAGGAGGAACAGGAAAACGCAUUCGUGGGUAAGAUUUCUGACCAGAUCGACCUGGACUCGUCGCUGUCGGCGGAUGCGUUGCGCUCGCUGAGGUACACGUUCCUGACGCAGGGCUACCCGUUCAGCAGCAACUUUAGCAUCGUGAACACGACGGGGCAGAUCUACACGAGGCACUCCCUCGACAGGGACGACAUCUGCGGCUUCAUCAGCAACUGCCUCCUGGAGCUGGAGGUGGCCAUCCAGUCUGUCAACAGCCAGUACUUCCGCAAGGUGAGGACUCAUGUGUAUCUGGACGACGUCAACGACAACGCCCCCGUGUUCCCAUCCCGUUCGAUAUCCUUGCGCAUCUCCGAGGACGUCUCCGUCAACUCGUCCUACUCCAUCGACGGAGCCAUCGACCGCGACAUCGGCGUUAAUUCCCUACAGAAAUACGAGCUACAGUCGGGAGGGGGUCCGUUCACACUGCACGUGGGGGACCGGCUGGAUGGGGGGAAGGUCGUCACCCUCCUGGUGGGGAGAAGUCUAGACCGGGAGGCUGCAGACAGCUACCAGCUGGUCGUCACGGCUACGGACGGCGGAAUCCCCGCCAAGUCUGGACGGAUGCUUGUCAACGUCACCGUCAUCGACGUCAACGACAACAGCCCCGUGUUUGUUCCCAGUAGGUACAACGUCAGCGUGAACGAGACCACGCCGAUCGGGACAAUGGUUGUGAGGGUAUUCGCCUUCGACGCUGACAGCAGUGAAAACGGCGUCGACCACUUCAGAUUUAGCCCAAUUCAGGCUGGCAGUUUCAGGCGGUAUCUGGACAUUAACAAAACAACAGGUGAGAUUUUCGUCAUUUCAAGUCUCGAGAAGGUGCAAGGAGAAACUUUCAGUUUUGUUGUGGAGUGCGUGGACAAAGGGAGCCCGCCGCUCAUCACGCAAGGAGCGGUCCUGAUUGAGAUCGCAGAUUCCAUAAACAGCGCCCCCAGCAUCAAUCUGAACCUGCUGUCGUCUGGCAGGGUGUCAGAGUACGCCCAGCCUGGGACUGUGGUGGCCCACAUCGCGGUACUGGACCCCGACUCUGGAAGAAAUGGGAUUGUUAGGUGUUUUAUCAGCAGCGACGUUUUCGAGCUUCAGGGCCUGGACGUCAAGGAAUAUAAGGUGAUUGUCGUCAAAGCCCUGGAUCGAGAGGUCCAGAGUCAGAUCGACGUCAGCGUCACGUGCGAGGACGCCGGGUUGACGCCCCUCAACACCACCAUCUACUUCACCGUGGAGGUGAGGGACGAAAACGACCACGCGCCGUACUUCCUGAAAGACAUGUACACCGCGUCCCUGGACGAGAACACCAAAGGCGUCAUCACGCAGGUCAGCGCGAGGGAUUUCGAUCUGGGAGUCAACGGGGAGAUUGAGUACAUCAUACCCAAUGCCUGGCAAGUCGGGGUGGACGUUCUACCUAACGGAGACAUUGUCUCGGACAAGAGGUUCGAUCGGGAAACCACCCCGAAACUGGCAGUGACGGUGUUCGCCAGGGACAAGGGCGUACCUCCCCGAAACUCCAGCACCACUGUCGUCAUCACGAUCAACGACGUCAAUGACGUAACGCCGAUGUUUUCCAAACAACUGUUCUUGUUCAAGAUUCGGGAAAACAAGCCUCCCAAGACUCGGAUUGACCGAGUCCUGGCGUUCGAUUUGGACGCCGGGGUGAACAAGGAGCUGACUUAUUAUAUGGAGGACAUCACGGGCGACGGUAACCUGGCUCUGGACCUGUCCACGGACGGGGUGCUGAGGACGAACAUGGCGCUGGAUCGCGAGGCCCACCAGCAGUACGAGUUCAGGGUGUGGGUCGCUGACAGAGGCCAGCCGUCGCUGAGCAGCUCGGCCGUGGUGGUCGUCGAUGUCACCGACCAGAACGACAACCCUCCCAUCAUACAAUCUCCCGCCCCCGUCAACACCUCGAUCUCCGUACCCCACGGUACGGCCCCUGGAACUAUAAUCAUGGUGGUAAUUGCACACGAUGUUGAUGUAGGAGUUAACGCCCAGUUUCAGUUCCAUCUCGCCUCGGGACAGGAGAGAAUCGCUCCCCGGGCUCCCAACAGCGACGGGGGCAGACGACAGACAGGUGAAACGUUUGGAAUCGAUUCUAUCAGUGGUGAGCUAAUUCUGAAGCGAUCACUCACAGCAGACGACACUGGCUUGUACCGCGUAACGGUUGUCGUAACAGACCAAGGCGUCCCCCGGUUGUCGUCCAACGUCACAAUGGAUAUACUGGUGUUCACUUCCAAUGCGACCGGGAGUGGGCAAAUGAGUUCAGAAAACACUCUUGUUGUUGUGAUAUUGGGAAGUUUGACUGGGAUAAUUACCGUGGCGGUCAUAGUGACCAUUGUGGUGAUAAAGCGCUCUGACAGGACGCGAACCAAGUACCGUGAGAGUGACGCGAGCAGUAGAGUUGAGAGCAGCCAGAAGCCGGAAAUAACCGUCAGUUCGAAGAACAUCGACAGUCUGGUCAUCAGGAAUGACGUUUCCUUCGAUUCCAUGGGAUCGACGCAAACGUCGCAAGAUAGCCAGGGGAGACUACUCGGACGUCAGAUGCCAAAUGGGUCAUCAUCCACUGACAACGAUUCACAGAAACGAACCAGUAGUUCGACGUAUCCUGGCGACUCGGUGUAUCCUGGUGAUUCCUCGUAUCCUGGCGAAACGACCGACUGGCCCACGGCACUGAAACUACAUCAGGAUCUCCUGAAAUUCCACGGCUUAUCAGCGGGACAGAUACUACCACAUCGUCAAAAUGACGACACCAACAGUGAUAUUUCAGGGGAGACUACUACGAGUGAUAGCGGUAGAGGCGGAAGUGACGAGGACAGUCACAGUCACGGGCGAGCAUCACCGGAGUCAAAACGAGAUCUGCUGAAAUCAGGACAUACUGGCAUUCACAAUGACCGCUAUCAUGAUCCGAAGUGGAACGACACGUUUAACUACGUGAACAUGACAAACGGACGUCAGUGUGUGUCAAACUUUGGUGUGACGUUCGGAAAGACGGACAGUGCCCGCUACUAUUCUACUUCUGUCACCAGUUUCACAAAACCUGUUCAAAAACGCGUGACUUUUCAGUCAGACUUGGGUUCCAAUAAGUAUUCCACGGGACUUGAUGACGUCAACCAAAGUUUUGAUGACGACGAUACGACAACAUCCGGAAGUUAUACUGUGGAAACCGAUAACCUGGCUAAUGAUGUCAUGUUGCCUAUUAUGAAUGACAUCCUUGUUUGAUAGCCAUGAGAUUUUCGUUUGCCAAUCAUUGCAAGAGGAUAAACUGCAAUAUAUAAUAUCCUUAAACAGUAUUAAAUGUGUAUAAGAAGUAUUACUUCAAAUGUAUUUGUAUUUUAUCGUAUGAACAUUGGAGACAUAUAUUUUUGUAAUGUUUUUUAUUAUUUGAUAUCCAACGGCAUAUCUAUUUACCAAACCAGGAGAGUGGAAGAAUAUUGAGUUUCUGUGCUUUCUUGAAACACUGCUGCCUUUGUUUCAAGCAAGCAUUUGAUCAUUGUAUAAAUUUAAUCUGGACUCCGCUUGUACAGAGAUACGAUCUUGUAUAAGACAAUGCUUACAGUGUAUUUUUUCAAUGCAUAAAAACGAGCAGCAUUCAAUAUAGAAAACCCAGCGCCGGUUUAUCCUAGUAGCACUUGCUAUGGUCCCCGCGGUGAUGUUUACAUUUGUUUUCCCCUGGUCAUUUUUGCCUCUCCCCGAGGGGGUUGCAAAAUUUAUAUCCUGUGAACGGAGACCCGCUGUUAUUUGUGCUAAAGGCCCUGCGGAUCCUUAAAGCGGCUCUGAUAAAAACAUGUACUUUAAAAAUAAUUACAUGUGUUGUGAUAUUACUGCUGAGUUGCCAGUCAGCAUUGUGUUGUAAAUCUGACAUUUGUAAGAGACAAUGUGUAUUUUGUGAGCCAUAUCUCAGGGAGAGAGUCCGACCCACGUGGGAUCCGGGCCACACGAUCUUGCCAAUACUGUUUAUAUAUUACCUGUCAUUAUGCAUGGAUGUAAUAAUCUCAGAUAUGCAACUCGGUACAGGAGUUACAAUAAAUAUGUAUAACAUAA